GUUCGAUGGGUAUCCCGUUUAACAGUUCAUCUCUGCCCGAACCGAAAGAGCGAAUAAGAAAAUUGAAUCAACACUUACUGAGGAGACACAAAAACCCUAAAAAUGUACUCUCUCACUGCUCUCCGUCAAGCUCGUAAUGUCUCUGCUUCUCUUCUUCGAUUCUAUGGCCGUCCCCAUUCAGCUAAUGUUCCAGGUUGUUUAGAGAGCGAGAAAUGUGGAGGAAAUGAAUUUUCUAUGUCACGAAUUUUGGGGAAUUUGGGGAUGAGUUUAGUUUCAACGAGUGCAAAGGGAAGUGCCUCUUCUCCAUAUGCUUUAGGCUUUCAGAAAUAUGUUCAUUCAACAAGUCAGAAGGAUUUUGAGAAUGAAAGGAAUUCAAGGCCAAUGGACUUUGUGAGGGGAGUAAUAGAGGAAGAUGGAAGGGGUUUUAUGAGACGGCUUCAAUAUCCUAGCUAUACUGUGGAGCAAAAUGCGGAUUUUGUCCAUAUUAAGCUUCUGCGUAACAACACAUUUGUUACUGUGACAGAUUCUAAAGGAAAUAAAAAGGUUGGGGCCUCUUGGGGAUGUCUACCUGAACUCAAAGGUGGUCCAAAAAUGUCUCGUUAUGCUGCUGAAGCAACUGCCGAACAUGUAGGAAGAUUGGCAAGAAAUAUGGGGUUAAAAUCUGUUGUGAUGAGGGUGAAUGGAUUCACUUAUUUUAAGAAGAAAAGGCAAGCAAUCAUGAGUUUUAGAGAGGGCUUUGGUGAUUCUCGAGAUCGUAAUCCUAUAGUAUACAUUGAAGACACAACUCGAAAGCCCCAUAAUGGAUGCCGACUCCCAAAGAAACGCCGCAUCUGAAUGAUAGCUAGCUGCUGCUUUUGUGAUUGGGAGGAUGCCUUUGCAGCUCAAACUCAUUGGUGGGAUUUCAUCGAUACUUUUGGGAUUUCAAUCCUUAAGGACACCUAAAUUACCCGGCUCAUUACGUCUUUUUCUUUUGUCUUCUUUUGUGGAUGUUCAUCUAAAGUCAUAAUCUUGCUUUUCCCUGAGAUUUGAAAAUGUAGGCACUGGUUAUAUUUUCCUAGAGAAAUUUGUUGUGAAUUUUAAUUUCCUUAACAUAUUUGUACCAUCAAUAAUUCAAUUCUUCUCCAUGUUCGUUCCA